AGCAUCCCGGCGCAUCCCGGUGCAAACCCGCGCAUCCCAGCUCCUCAGACACACUGCCGACCACCGGUCCCCCUGUCCGGCUGAGCCAAGACCCCACGAUGACUCUGAAUAAUGUCACCAUGCGCCAGAGCACUGCGGGCAUGCAGCCCCAGCAGCAGCGCUGGAGCAUCCCUGCUGAUGGCCGCCACCUGAUGGUCCAGAAGGAGCCCCACCCCUACAACCACCACCACCACCGCCACCCUGCUGCCCCUGAUGACCCCUGUCGCCGGAGCUGGUCCUCUGACUCCACUGACUCCGUCAUCUCCUCCGAGUCCGGGAACACCUACUACCGAGUGGUGCUUAUAGGAGAGCAGGGGGUGGGCAAGUCCACCCUGGCCAACAUCUUUGCAGGUGUGCACGACAGCAUGGACAGUGACUGCGAGGUGCUGGGAGAAGACACAUAUGAACGUACCCUGAUGGUUGAUGGGGAAAGUGCAACGAUUAUCCUUCUGGACAUGUGGGAAAAUAAGGGGGAGAACGAAUGGCUCCAUGACCACUGCAUGCAAGUUGGGGAUGCCUAUCUUAUAGUUUACUCCAUCACAGACCGAGCAAGCUUUGAGAAGGCAUCUGAGCUUCGAAUCCAGCUCCGCAGGGCCCGGCAGACAGAGGACAUUCCUAUAAUUUUGGUUGGCAACAAAAGUGACUUAGUGCGAUGCCGGGAAGUGUCAGUAUCAGAAGGGAGAGCGUGCGCUGUGGUUUUCGACUGCAAGUUCAUCGAGACCUCCGCAGCUGUCCAGCACAACGUGAAGGAGCUGUUUGAGGGCAUUGUCCGGCAGGUCCGCCUUCGCCGGGACAGCAAGGAGAAGAACGAGCGGCGGCUGGCCUACCAGAAAAGACGGGAGAGCAUCCCCAGGAAAGCCAGGCGCUUCUGGGGCAAAAUCGUAGCCAAAAACAACAAGAACAUGGCCUUCAAGCUCAAGUCCAAAUCCUGCCAUGACCUCUCUGUGCUCUAGGUACGCAGCAUCAUCCAGAUGUCCUCCUCAUGGACAUCGUCGAGGGCCACUGGGACCAAUAAUCUAUAUUAGAUUGGUACUUAAGUCUUGUUAGAUAUGGCUUCCCCCAUUGCUGUCGGGAAUGAACAUGUGAGCCUCAUGGGCAACAAAAUGCAUGGGACAUGAAAGAUCAUUGUCAAGAGUCAGGAUUUAGUCAUAGGAAAAACAUGGCUUUGCUACCUUGGACUGCCAAGACUCAUUCUAGGAUGUGUUUGGGGUUUGUGUGUGUUUUUCUCCUCGCUUUUGGAUAAUAGAGAAUUGAAGCUUACAAAAGAAUACCUAGGAAAGUAAUUUUUCCAUAAUUAAACUUUUAUCCAGUAUUCUGAUAGGCAAAUGGGCAUAAAUAUAGGAAAGGUGCCAAAGGGUAUAUUUGAAGGAGGAGAACUUUCUACACACUUUAUCUUCAAGGAGACAGACCUGUAGAACUGGGCUCAUUCUGGUCACGACCAUUGUUGCUCCAUCAAACUGUGAAAAGAAGCAACGUCCUUGCUAGAAACUAAAGCUUAGUUAACAGUUUUUGCUUAAUGUCCACAUUGAUCUGUAGACUUGGAAAUGGAUAUGUAUACUGCUUCUAGGUUCAAAAAUUGUAUUUUUACUUAUAUGUCUUGUAAUAUUUUAUUUAGGGGAAAAUUAGCUUCAUCAGCAUCCUAUUUAGUUAAGCCACUUUUUGUGUGUCAUUAUUUUUGAAAUCAUGGAGCCAUCAUAAAAAUAUUUUUAAAAUCUGAAUGAUGAAUAACUUGUGUAAUAUGCCAACUUUUUAAAUAUAUUCGAAGUCAGAAGUUUUAUAAAACAUAUGACAUAAAACCUCCUAGUACUUUGGGUUGACUCUUGUAUGCCACAGCUCUGCUCUAUUUAUUAUUAUUUUGCAAGAUAAUCAUUUUAACAUUUGAUAAAGCAUAUUUAUGAACAUAUUUCUUAAGAAAAUGUCCAUUUUAUUACCAUUUUCUAUCUUUUUCAAAAUAUGCAAGUUUUUAACAUAUCUUAUAACAAAAGGAAUAAAAUCUUCUAAUAAAAGGAAUAAAAUCUUUGA